AACAAAAUGUGUAGGUAUGCUUGUGUCUUGUUACCUGUGAUAUUGAUAUUUGUUUUCGUUAGUGAAGUAUCCAGUAUAGUAUGUACUAAAGAAGAGUUGUUUGAUACCAGACCAUUAAUUUGUCCUGGUCCAAAUGAUCCAAAAGACAAGAUCUAUUGUUGUGGUCCGAAGAAGCUUCGCUACUGCUGUAGCUAUUCUGAUUAUGCUUCUGCUAUCAACACCAUUGGGAUCAUCGUGGGCGUCCUGGUGACGGCCAUAGUGGUUGUUGUCAUCAUAGUGGUGGUGUCAUGUUUCUGCUGCAGUUGUUGCCUCCUCGCCAAGCAUCGGAAUCGACGAGGAAACACCUCUUACACUGCAAGUCAGCCGGCAACGACCGCUACGACGACAACUGCCCACUAUUCAGCUCAGCCAGCAUACCCAAUACAGACCUUCCCGACUGGAUACCCCCAGCAGCAGUUCCAGCAGCAGUACCCCCAGCAACAGUUCACCCAAGAACACUUCCAGUACCCACCCAACCCCUAUCCACCACAACCCCCCUAUCCUCCUGCUGGGGGAUACCAGGGAGGAUAUCCCCCACCCCCAGGAAACCCUCCCCCCUAUCCGGUGAAUGAUCAGCCCCCAUAUAAUCCCCAAUUUGCUGCAGGCAAGUGA